AUGAACGUCUGGACCGAGCACAGAAAUGCCGAAGGGCGCACGUACUGGUUCAAUACGGGAACCAAGGAGAGCGUGUGGGAGAAACCUGACGAGCUCAAGAACCCCUUCGAGAAAGCGCUAAACCAGACGAAAUGGAAAGAGUACUUCUCCGGCGGCCGCAAGUACUUCUACAACACUGAGACGAAAGAGUCUAAAUGGGACAUGCCGGCCGAGCUACAAGCCCUGAUGGACAAAAUCGGGAAAGAGACGCCCGCCACACCCGCCACCCCAGCAGCACCCAACGCGCUCACCGGCCCAACCUUCAACCCCGGCCUCAACGCCCUCGCGCCCAUCGGCAACGCCUCGCCCGUCCUCGGCGGCCCCGGCUCGCCCAACGCCCUCAACGGCCUCGGCCUCCCGCUCAACCAAUCCUCGGUCCUCCCCGCGCGCCCAACCCUACCCGACGAGCCCGUCAUCCCGCACAAUGGGUUCCAGAGCCAGGACGAGGCCGAGAAGGCGUUCACGUUCCUGUUGCGCAAGGCCGGCGUCGACGCGAAUUGGACGUGGGACCAGACUAUGCGUGCUAUCAUCACGGACCCGCUGUACAAGGCGCUGAACACGCUCGCCGAGAAGAAGGCUACGUGGCAGAAGUACACCGAGAACCUAAAGGCGAAAGAACAAGAAGAGCGCGAAGCCCGCCUCGCCAAAACGCGCCCCGCGCUGCGCAACAUGCUCAAGGGCAACCCGGCCGUCUUCGCCUACACGACCUUCCCCACCGCCGACCGGCUCUUCGCGCAGCACCCGAUCUGGCAGCAGGCGCGCGUCGAGGCCGAGCGCCGCCUCAUAUUCGAGGAGUACGUCCAGGAGCUCAAGGACCGCGAGGUGCAGGAGGCGCGCGCGGCGCGGCAGCGCGCGGCGGGGAAGCUCGUCGCGCUGUUUAAGAGCCUGGAUGUGGACGUGCUUACGAGGUGGCGGACGGCGCAUGGGAUGGUGCGGGAGGCGGAGGAGUAUAAGAGCGAUCCGGAGCUGCAGAGCUUGCCGAGCCUCGACAUUCUGUUGGCGUUCGAGGACUACAGCCGCGUGAUGGAACGCGAGUUCGAGAACCACAUGCGGAGGAAGCAGAUGGAGAAGACGCGCGCGGAGCGCAAGGCGCGUGAGGGGUUCAAGGAGCUUUUGAAAGAGCUGAAGGACGCCGGCAAAAUCGCCGCGCGCGCGAAGUGGAAGGACGUGUACCCGCUCUUCAUGGACGACGAGCGGUACAACAACCUGCUCGGCAAGCCCGGCUCCAAUCCCAUCGAGCUGUUCUGGGACGUCGUCGACGAGCUCGAUCAGCAGCUCGACGCGAAAGUCGCCAUCGCCGAGCGUGCGCUCAAGGCGUAUGUUCCCCCACAGGCACAGGAGGAUAAGGUGCAAGACGUGAAGAUGGAUGUGGACGGCGAGGAGAAGGAGAAGGGCGAGGAGAGCCAGGGCUUCGUUAUCAAGACUGAUACGGAGGAGGCGCAGUUUGUGGACGUUAUCAAGGCCAGCGCGGACGAGGAAGUCCAGAAGCUGACAGACGAUGAGCUCAAGCUCAUCUUCAAAGCCCUCCACGAACAAGCCGUCCGCGACGACCUCGAAGCCAAAAAGAAAGCCGAGCGCCGCCAGCGCCACCUCCAAGACGACCUCCGCUACGCGCUCAAAAAGCUGCCCCAGCCCAUCGACGUCUCCACGCCCUACGAAGACGCAGUCCCCGCCAUGGAAGAGCUGCCCGAGUACAAAGCGCUGGACGACGAGGGGCGCCGCGCGGCGUUUGCCAAGUUCAUAAAGCGGCAAAAGGAACGGCUCGAGGAGCGCCAGCGCGACCCGUCCGAAGACGGCGGAUCCGUGACAAGCCGCAAGCGCAAAGACCCCUACGACCGCGAGCGUGAGCGCGAGGCCGACCACGGCCGGCGCGCAAGCAGCGCCCGGUACGCGCGCGGCCGCGAGGACUACCAUCACGGCGGUGGCGGCGGGUACGGGCGGAAUGAAGAAUGGGACCGCUACGGCUCGCGCGGCGGAGGCGCCGGACGCGAUCGGCGUCGGAGAGACAGCCCGCCGCCGCAUGCGCCUCCGCCGCCGGCUGGGCAUCGGGAUAACGGGUGGGGGAGGGAGAGGGAGAGGAGCGCGAGUGUUUAUCAUGAUGAGCCCAAGAGGGGGCUGCCGUAUGAUGAGAGGCUGGAUGAGCGCGCUGAGAAGCGCGCGAGGUACGACGAGGAUCUGGCGCCGAGGGGUGCGCCUGUGUUGCCGUCGACAGCGAGGGCGGAGACGCCGGAGGAGGGCGAGAUCUGA